AUGGGAGAAUGCUCGAAAGCACUUUCAUACUACGAAAAAGCACUUGAAAUUCGACAAAAACAUCUUCCUUCAAAUCAUCCUAAUUUGGCUACUUUAUACAACAACAUUGGUAGACUGUAUGACAAGACGGAAGAGUACUCGAAAGCAAUUUCCUUUCACGAAAAAGCACUUGAAAUCUAUCAAAAAACUCUUCCUUCAAAUCAUCCUUCAUUGACUACUUCAUAUAACGACAUUGGUAGUGUGUAUAACAAUAUGGGACAGUAUUCGAAAGCACUUUUCUUUCACGAGAAAGCACUUGAAAUUCGAGAAAAAACUCUUCCUUCAAACCAUUCUGAUUUGGCUACUCCAUACAACAACAUCGUUGCUGAUCAUGAUACAUCACCUAAUUCACAUGAUAAUCAUUUAUCUAAUUCUAGUUUAUCUAUGACAAUUGCUGAAUCUUCAGUCGAUAGAUUUAUUACAGAUCUAUUAAAAUUUUCUGCGCAAAAAGAAAAUGUUAUUACGUGGAUUGAUGAAAUCGAACAACAAUUUAAUAUGAUGCAUUUAAGCAAUGCCAGUAAAUUAAAUUUGAUUCGUAUUUGUCUUAAUGGUGAUGCAUUACAAUGGUUUAAACAGCAUAAACAUAAAUUUACUUCCUGGACAAUAUUUAUCAAUGAAAUUAAAAAAUCAUUUACGUAG